AACACAACAAUUCAGUUCAACUCCGUACUUUGACUUGUCAACACCGUGCGUAUGUGUGAAUACAAUAUUUAUUGUGCGUGUAUUCGAAAUGGACUCUAACAGUGAUCGUUGGAGCUUUCUGGACAGGAUCCUACAAAUAGUUAAGGAGGAGACAGAACAUGAUCAGCCGUUGAUACAGUUUAGGCAUCCUAGGGAGUUGGAAAAACUAGUGGAUCUGGACAUAACCCAAGGCGUAUCAGACGGAGAGCUGGAGAUAUGUGUAAGGACGGUGCUGCAAUACAGCGUGAAGACAGACAAGCCCACGUUCAGGAACCAGCUGUAUGGGGCCUGCGAUCCUUAUGGGCUGUCCGGCGCGUGGAUCGCUGAGGCCUUCAAUACUAGUCAAUACACGUACGAAGUAGCGCCCGUGUUUACGCUAAUCGAGCUGAAGAUUAUACACCACAUUUUGAAGCUGUUCCGAAUCCCAGAAGGAGACGGGAUAUUCAGCCCUGGAGGCAGCAUGUCCAUAUUGUACGCCCUAGUUGCGGCCAGGUUCAGGGCCUUCCCUGAGGUCAAAAGUAAGGGCAUGAGGGGCCUCCCGGAGAUGGUUAUUUUCACCUCUGAAGAUAGUCAUUACUCAAUAAGAAAAGCAGCUCACUGGCUGGGCUUUGGCACCGAGAGCGUCCACACUAUAAAAGUCAAUCACGAUGGUCAAAUGAUUGUGUCUGAGUUAGAGAAAGCCAUUGAGGAACAGAGGAAGAUGGGCAGAUUUCCAGUGAUGGUGAAUGCUACCGCUGGCACCACGGUGUUGGGGGCGAUUGACGACCUUGGAGCGAUUGCUGAUGUGUGUACGAAAUAUGGGAUAUGGAUGAAUGUUGAUGCGUGCUGGGGUGGGAGUCUGAUGUUGUCACCAAAGCUCAAGAGCAAAUUGAAAUGGGGCCAAAGGCCCGACUCGAUAGCGUGGAAUCCGCACAAGAUGGCGGGCGCUCCGCUGCAGUGUUCAGUUUUUCUCGUCAGACACCGCGGGCUGUUACACAAAGCUAACUCCGCCGCGGCCAACUAUCUCUUCCAGCAAGACAAGUUCUAUGACGUCAACUAUGAUACAGGAGAUAAGAGUAUACAAUGUGGAAGGAAGAUAGAUGCAUUCAAACUGUGGGUGAUGUGGAAGGGUCGCGGCGACGCCGGGCUGGCGCGGCUCGCCGAGCGCACGCUGUCCGCGGCCGAGUUCUGUCUCGACGCCGUCGCGGCGCGGCGCGGCUUCAGGCUGCUCACUGCCGCGCUGCAGUGCCCGAACGUGUGCUUCUGGUACAUCCCCCGCUUUAUGAGAGGGCAGGAGGAGGACGAUCGGUGGUGGGAACUGAUGCAUAAGAUCACCCCCAAAAUAAAGGAACUUCUGACCCUAAGCUCUCGCCUCAUGGUAGCAUAUUCCCCACUACGACACUACAAGAACUUCUUCCGACUGGCCUUCACCUUCCACCCGGUCAUUGACGAGAAACAGGUGGUAGAUAUGUUGGACGCCAUUGAAGAGUGCGGAGAAAAAGUAACUUUGGAAAUGUUACAUUAAAUGUAGUCGCAGUCACUCGCUUACUUUUAUUUUAUCAUUAUGUAUUGUUUUAUAACUACCAUUAUUUAAGUUUGAUAUUAAUAUAGUAUAAUAUUAAUAUAGUAUAUUACGGUGGUAAAAAACUUUAAGAAUGUAUUUCGUGAACCUAUAAAUAGUUACCAAAGUAUUUAAAUUGUGCUUGAUAAAGCCACAUGUUAUAAUUUGGAAUAAAUGUUUACAGAUA